GAUGAACGAUUAAAAACAGCUCGAUCCGCCCCACUUUAGAACCCGUUUUCUCUUCUAUUAUGAAGAGGAGUUUAAAACCCUACUACCGUCUAAAGCUAGGGUUUCUGUGUAUCUCUCUCUCUAGAAAAUUGGGGACAAUCGUCGACCGCCAUGCCUCAAGGAGAUUACAUAGAGCUUCACAGGAAGAGAAAUGGCUAUCGCCAUGAUCAUUUCGAGCGCAAACGAAAGAAAGAGGCUCGUGAAGUCCACAAGCAAUCUCAGAUUGCUCAGAAGGUUGGCUAUGCAUGAAGAAUCAUCAUCCAGGCGAAAGGUGGAUGAUGAUGUUCAGGAAGGAGCUAUUCCUGCUUAUCUGCUUGAUCGUGAAACGACGACACGGGCAAAGGUUCUUAGCAACACUGUAAAGCAAAAGAGAAAAGAGAAAGCUGGAAAAUGGGAGGUUCCUCUACCCAAGGUCAGGCCUGUGGCUGAAGAUGAGAUGUUUAGAGUGAUCAGAACUGGUAAACGGAAAACCAAGCAGUGGAAGAGGAUGGUCACUAAAGCCACAUUUGUAGGACCAGGUUUUACAAGAAAACCUCCCAAGUAUGAGCGGUUUAUCCGUCCUUCGGGUUUGCGAUUCACUAAAGCCCAUGUGACACACCCUGAACUUAAAUGCACUUUCAAUCUUGAGAUUAUUGGAGUAAAGAAAAAUCCUAAUGGUCCAAUGUACACCUCACUUGGUGUUAUAACUAAAGGAACGAUUAUUGAGGUGAAUGUCAGUGAACUAGGUCUUGUAACACCAGCUGGAAAAGUAGUAUGGGGGAAGUAUGCUCAAGUGACGAAUAAUCCAGAGAACGAUGGUUGUAUAAAUGCAGUCCUCCUUGUCUGAGAAAGAUCGGUGAAAAGUGAAAACAGAACAAGGGUCAUGCCUUGCUUUUGACUAACCCUUCUAUUUUUAGAGUUGCAUCUUGAGACUAUAUGAUGCUGUUUUUGUCUCUUGCAUCCUUUGGAUAGAAUUUAAACUCUCAAUUGUAACAUGAGAUGAAAUUUUGUAUGAGCAUAUCAUUUUUAUCUUAACUAAAUUUUAUCUACGCUGCAAUCUCAGACGGGUUUCCCAUUAUGAUA